AUGUCUGUGCCACCACAAGCGUUUGUCAAUAAAAAUAAAAAGCAUUUCCUUGGAAUCCCAGCACCUUUAGGUUAUGUUGCUGGUGUAGGCAGAGGUGCUACCGGUUUCACUACACGUUCUGACAUCGGCCCUGCUCGAGACGCCAACGACGUAUCAGAUGACCGCCAUGCCCCACCAGCAGCCAAACGCAAGAAAACUGAAGAGGAAGAUGAUGAUGAAGACUUGAAUGACUCUAACUAUGAUGAGUUCUCUGGAUACAGUGGGUCUUUGUUCUCUAAGGAUCCCUAUGACAAAGACGAUGCGGAAGCCGACGCCAUUUAUGAGUCUAUUGACAAGAGAAUGGACGAAAAAAGGAAGGAAUAUAGAGAGAAACGGCUCAAGGAAGACUUGGAAAGAUAUCGUCAGGAGAGGCCAAAAAUCCAGCAACAAUUUUCUGACCUAAAGCGGGAAUUAAAACAAGUAUCAGAAGACGAAUGGGCAGCAAUCCCCGAAGUGGGAGACGCGAGAAACAGAAAACAACGUAAUCCACGCGCAGAGAAGUUUACACCAUUACCAGAUAGUGUGCUGUCGAGGAACCUGGGUGGAGAAUCUAGUACGUCAAUUGACCCUGGGUCGGGUUUGGCUUCAAUGAUGCCUGGAGUUAUGACACCGGGAAUGCUGACUCCGUCUGGUGACCUGGAUCUCAGGAAGAUAGGUCAAGCUAGAAAUACACUAAUGAAUGUCAAACUAUCACAAGUAUCCGACUCGGUCAGUGGUCAGACCGUAGUGGAUCCCAAAGGCUACUUAACAGACCUACAAUCCAUGAUACCGACUUAUGGAGGAGAUAUCAACGAUAUUAAGAAGGCAAGGCUGUUGUUGAAAUCUGUUAGAGAAACGAAUCCGAAUCAUCCACCUGCUUGGAUCGCUAGUGCACGGUUGGAGGAAGUUACAGGCAAAAUACAAUCAGCGCGUAAUUUAAUAAUGAAAGGCUGUGAAGUGAACCCAAGCAGUGAAGAACUAUGGCUCGAAGCUGCGCGAUUGCAACCGCCCGACACUGCGCGCGCCGUCAUCGCACACGCUGCGAGAAACCUGCCUCAUAGCGUCAGAGUAUGGGUUAAGGCGGCUGACUUGGAACAGGAAACCAAGGCCAAACGUCGCGUAUACCGUAAAGCAUUAGAACACAUACCGAACUCAGUGCGUCUUUGGAAAGCAGCAGUUGAACUAGAGAAUCCCGAAGAUGCGAGAAUCCUUCUAUCUCGCGCCGUCGAGUGCUGCCCUACCAGCGUAGAACUGUGGCUCGCCUUGGCAAGACUCGAGACUUACGAGAACGCAAGAAAAGUACUGAAUAAAGCGAGAGAAAAUAUACCUACGGAUAGACAAAUUUGGGUGACUGCGGCUAAACUGGAAGAGGCACAUGGUAACACGCACAUGGUAGAGAAGAUUAUAGACCGUGCGAUCACAUCUCUAAACGCAAACGCAGUCGAAAUCCACCGCGAACAUUGGUUCAAAGAUGCGAUGGAAGCUGAGAAGGCUGGCGCCGUCCAUACCUGUCAGGCUAUAGUACGUGCAGUUAUUGGAUAUGGUAUUGAUCCAGAGGACCAGAAACACACGUGGAUGGAAGAUGCUGAAGCCUGCGCGAACGAGGGCGCGUACGAAUGUGCACGCGCAGUAUACGGCUACGCACUCUCAGUGUUCCCCUCGAAGAAGUCGAUCUGGCUCCGCGCUGCAUACCUGGAGAAGCAGCACGGGACUCGGGCCAGCCUCGAGGCCUUGCUGCAGAGGGCGGUCGCUCAUUGCCCCAAGUCCGAAGUACUGUGGCUCAUGGGUGCAAAGUCCAAGUGGUUGGCUGGUGAUGUUCCUGCAGCUCGUGGCAUUCUCUCCCUAGCGUUCCAGGCGAAUCCCAACUCUGAAGAGAUCUGGUUAGCCGCCGUCAAAUUGGAGAGUGAGAACAAAGAGUACGAUAGAGCCAGACGGCUGCUUGCUAAGGCUAGAGCUUCUGCGCCUACGCCUAGGGUAAUGAUAAAAUCUGCAAAACUAGAAUGGUCGCUAAACAACCUGGAGGUAGCGUUAAAGCUGUUAGAAGAAGCGAUUAAGGUAUUCGCAGACUACGCCAAACUGCAUAUGAUGAAGGGACAGAUCGAGGAGCAGAUGGGGAAAGAUGACGAUGCUCAUAACACUUAUACGCAGGGGCUCAAGAAAUGUGCAACAAGUGUACCGAUGUGGAUAUUACUAUCAAGAUUGGAAGAAAAGUUAAAACACGUCACUAAAGCUAGAUCCGUCCUUGAAAAGGCUCGACUUAGAAAUCCUAAGAACGCUGAACUCUGGUUGGAAAGCGUACGCUUAGAAAGGCGAAACGCGAGUUUAGAGAUCGCGAACGCUGUGAUGGCAAAGGCAUUACAGGAGUGUCCAAACGCUGGUCGACUCUGGGCUGAGGCCAUCUUCAUGGAAUCGCGACCGCAGCGGAAAACUAAGAGUGUGGACGCGCUGAAGAAAUGCGAGCACGACGCGCACGUGCUGCUGGCCGUCUCGCAGCUCUUCUGGACUGAGAGAAAACUCAACAAGUGCCGCGAGUGGUUCACCCGCACCGUAAAAAUCGACCCGGACCUAGGCGAUGCAUGGGCGUAUUUCUACAAAUUCGAACUCAUCCACGGCAACGAACAACAGCAGGAAGACGUGAAAUCGCGCUGCAAGGCCGCCGAGCCACAUCACGGCGAACAAUGGUGCAAGGUCUCUAAAGACAUAGCCAACUGGUGUUUUAGCACUGAACAGAUUUUGUUACUAGUCGCUAAGGAUUUGAGUGUUCCUUCAUAAAGUUUUUACUGAAAACUGUUUUAUGACAGAGUAUUUUCUGACUUUAGCGUUUAGACCACAGAAAAAAAAUGGAAGUGCCAUAAGCCUCGAUUACUAUCAGAACCGAUGGCGCCAAAUCACACACUCUUAUUUUGAAACACUACGAAAUCUUGAUAAUGAUUGGUCGUAGUUUCAAAUUUAAAAAAAUGAAACAAAUUUUGGACUGUUAAUAUAAACUUUACUCGGUUGGAAUAUCGUUAAAAGUUCAAUACCUAUUAUUGCUAGUUACAACGUUUUGAUUUUAUAUUGAAAUUUUAUUCAAUGUGCUGCCAUCUUGCGACAAUAGCUGAAAGACCAUGAUACGACAAACUAUUAAUAAAGUCGACCAUAUUGCAGCGGACCAUUGCCAGUGGUAACCGCUUUACAUUCG